CAGUCGCGUUCCCUUUUACCUCAACGACCUCGACUGCCACAGCACUUGACGCGUUUAUAAACCCUUCACAGCUCUCUGAGCUUUCCCUAGCCGCCCCCGUUGCAUGUUCUCGAAUCAGCUCGGUAGCGUUCACAACCCUCACCGCGGUUCCAAGCACUCUGCUCCCAGCCCUCUAGCAAAUCAUUGAGUUUCAUCUCGCUGUUCGUCGUCAAUCUAUUCUUCAAUAAACAAAUAAACUAUGGGCCCCGCUACUACCAACUCGUCCGGGCUGAACACCCCCGAGUCUGAGCUCGAGGGGUUCGUCCCCGUACAUCCCACCGCAGCCCGCCCCCUGCCUAUCACUGUGCAGUCCGAGAAUGUCGCGUAUUCGGACGAGCAUAUCGUCUCUAAGUUCUUCAACCGUGGCUCUGAAGCCGUCUUCGCCAAUGGCAUGUACAGCGUCAAGCCGGUCUCCAAGCCUUUCGAGUUCCAGACGACUCGCAAGGUAUCCAAGACUGGUCUCAUGAUGGUCGGACUUGGUGGAAACAAUGGCACGACCCUCUGCGCCACCAUCCUCGCCAACCGCCACGGGAUCUCCUGGCACACCAAGAACGGGAUCCAACAGCCCAACUACAUCGGCUCCGUCUUGCGUGCCUCCACUGUCAGCAUCGGCACUAAUCCCGCUACCGGCAAGGAGGUUUAUGUCCCCAUUUCCUCCAUCCUGCCGAUGGUCCACCCGAACGACCUCGUCCUCGGCGGCUGGGACAUUUCCGGCCUGCCCAUGGAUAAGGCGAUGGAGCGCGCUAAGGUCCUUGACUGGGAUCUGCAGCGCCAGGUCGCCCCGCACAUGGCUGAGAUCGGCAAGCCCCUCCCGUCGAUCUACUACCCCGACUUCAUCGCCGCGAACCAGGAGGCGCGCGCGGACAACGUCAUUCCCGGCUCGGACAAGCAGGCGCACCUCGAGCACCUGCGCGCCGACAUCCGUGCGUUCAAGCAGAAGCACGCGCUUGACCGCGUUGUCGUCUUCUGGACUGCCAACACGGAGCGCUACAGCGACAUCAUCCCUGGCGUGAACGACACCGCGGACAACCUCCUCGCCGCGAUCAAGGCCUCCCACUCCGAGGUGUCCCCGUCGACCCUCUUCGCCGUUGCGUCCAUCCUCGAGGGGGAGCCGUUCGUCAACGGCGCCCCGCAGAACACGUUUGUGCCCGGCGUGAUCGAGCUCGCUGAGCGCCACCAGUCGUUCAUCGGCGGGGACGAUCUCAAGUCUGGCCAGACGAAGCUCAAGAGCGUCUUCGCCGAGUUCCUCGUCAACGCGGGUAUCAAGCCACUGUCGAUCGCGUCGUACAACCAUCUUGGGAACAACGAUGGCCACAACUUGUCCGCCGAGCCGCAGUUCAAGAGCAAGGAGAUCAGCAAGAGUAGCGUCGUGGAUGACAUGGUCAACGCGAACAGGCUUUUGUACAAGCCCCCCGCGGAGGGCGCCAAGGGCAAGGCGGCCAAGGGCGAGCACCCCGAUCAUAUCGUGGUGAUUAAGUAUGUACCCGCCGUCGGCGACUCGAAGAGGGCCAUCGAUGAGUAUUACUCGGAGAUCUUGAUGGGCGGUCGGUCCACCAUUAACAUCUUCAACGAGUGCGAGGACUCCCUCCUGGCUACCCCACUCAUCCUGGACCUGAGCAUCCUCGCCGAGCUCCUGACCCGCGUCAAGUACCGCGACCUCUCCAACGGCGCGCAGACCGAGUUCAAGCCGCUUUACCCGAUUCUGUCGCUCCUGUCGUACAUGCUCAAGGCGCCGCUCGUCAAGCCCGGCACGGACGUCGUCAACAGCUUGAGCAGACAGCGGAACGCGCUCGAGGCGUUCUUGAAGGCGUGCAUCGGAUUGGAGGGCAACGGUGAUUUGUUGCUCGAGACUCGGAUUUGGUAAAUGCGCACUUCGAAUGCCGGUUUUCAACAACCGCUCGAAUUUGUUCGAUUUCUUUUAGUUUCCAUUAGACUACAUAGAUCACUCAACUGGUCAAUUCCAUGUGCUCUGGGCCUCCGAGCGGUAUGAGUGGUGCAUCCUAAACGUGAAUCUAUGUACGACGAGCCCUAGUUCAGGAUGUGUUUGAUUGCAUUCAUCGAGUCAGGAAUGGUUUCGAC